CCAAAUUAAACACUGCUUGACGUGGCCACUAGUACACCAAGCGUUGUAUGCAGCGAACGUCUCAAGCCGUGUCGAUAAAUCAUAUUUUUUACGUGUCAACGAACAUAAACCACAAUUCAAAAUGGACGAUUACCUAAUAAGACUCUUUGUGAUCAGUUUGUUUUACCAUUGCAGUUACCAAUUGAUACCUUUGCCUGACUUCAUCCACCCAUGCUACGAGUUAACCGACGAGUGCUUCACCAAGGCGACGUUGGACGCCAUUCCUGGUGUGGUGAAGGGUAUACCCGAGGCCGGCAUCCCGACCUUGGACCCCCUGUUCAUAGACAAGAACAUCAGCAUAGAGCUGCCUGGAAACUUGAAGAUGCAGUUCCAUAACGCGAAGCUUAUUGGGCUUAGCACAUGCGUGCCGAACAAAGUCUCGUCACGCCGCGAGAAGCGCCUGUUCCUAUUCGACAUGCACUGCAACUUCACAAUUCGCGGCCUGUAUAGUCUGCGCGGGCGCCUGCUGCUGUUCAACCUAGAUACAGAGGGAGCCGCCAAGAUCAAGAUCUGGAACCAACACAUCCGCUUGGACGUCGUUGAAAAGGUGGUCCGCAACAAGGAUGGCGAGGGGCACUACAAGAUCAACUCGUACAAAUAUAAAGCCGACUACGGCACAGAUCUGAAGAUGAAUCUCACCAACCUAAUACGAGGGAACCCGGAAAUCAGUGCCAAUCUGCUUCAAGUUCUCAACAGAGACUCGCAGCUGUUCGCCAACGAGUUCGGCGGGCCCAUACUCGAUUACGCCAUCGACUACGCCAUGAAUGUCACGCAACGCUUCUUCGACGCGUAUACGUACGACCAGCUCAGCCCCAUACCUCUCGGAGACGAGUUCUUUGUCAAAGAAUAGUGCAAAUAAACCAAAAAUUAAGACUCGUACUAUAUAAGAUAUUACUACUAAGUACUAAUUACGAAAAUGUAAAUUACUACUGUUGCAUCUAUGAACGUUUUAGGGUUAAGAUAAGUUAUGGUAAGGUAGCUUUAUAAGAACUCGAAUAAAUGC